AUGCCUCCUAAGAAGAAGGCCCGCGUUGCACGUAGUGCCUUGGAGGAGCCACUUCCUUUGGUCCAGUCCCAUUUGGACCAAUGGCUUCAGACCGUCUAUAGCAAGCGGCACGCUAAGCCUGAUGAUGGAGAUGACAUGGAUUGGCCUGUGCUUCAUGGAGGGACAUUCAUGGAGAUUGCAGCUCGAGCUUGGGAAUCUCCAGAGAGGCUGGUGACAGCUGCCUUCAAGGUUUGCAGAAAGGCAGGGUUGGUCCCAGAUCAUAGCAGCCUGGAAGACUGGCAAGGCCAGUUUUGCCGCCUGGAGGACUGGCCGCCUACACCUGGAAAGAUUUCUCCUACAAGCAUCUUGAACUGGUCGAUGCACCCAGCGUCCUUCUGGCGAGGCUUUGUUCCUAUGUCUGAAGUGCUAGGCAUCGCUCGAUCUAUCGCGGUGAGUCGCUUCCGGGAGGGAGAGAUGCUGAGCAUUCGGAUGAAUCCGGACAUUGAUGCGAGCGACGAGCAGUUCAAGCAGCACCAGGUGAACUUGCUUUUCUGCGACGAUGGCUCUCAGAAGGGUUUGGCGGCGUUCCUCAACUUGGUGGGCCUUGCGAGCCUUGAGCCGAAGCUGGCCCCGGAGGAGUUCCAAGACUCCAAGGUGCAAGCUCUUUUGGUGAGCCUCCUGCAAAUCCCGAGCAUCAUGAAGCAGGAGGCCAACAGCGCACUGGACAGCCAGAUCUUGCGCAUCAUCAAGCAGAACCAGGACGCGCAGGCGCAACCAGUGUCUUCCUUUGGUUGGGCUUUAUUGCUGAGGAGCAUGACUGGCUUGAGCGAGGAGGACUCAGCCGGUGGUGGGUCGAUCAAAAUCGACAACAGAAAAGCUGCGGCCAUCAAGUCUUGGAUGGAACGGUGCUCCCCAGCAGUUCUUAGCUUGGUGGAGGUCUCCCAGCAUGACAUCCCAUUCAACGCUGGGCCCUUCGGUGAAAGCCUGGCCAUGGUGCCGUGGCUUUUCCUCGACAGCACAUCGCCUGUUGCUCUUUCAGCAAAUGCAGGGUCUGGGCUUGCGGCUCUGGAUGGGGAAGCCGUGGUCAGUGUGGAUUGGCUUUUGACAAUGACCCCUGAAGCGCAGAUCAUUCUUUUUGAAAGGAUCCAGUCAGACUUCAAUAGCGCGACUGCUUUAGUCGAAGUGCGCGCGAAGAAGAAGUACAGAGCAGCGCCAGCAGAUCUUGUGGACAUCCGCAACACUAUUGUCCUGUGGACCCAAGUCAGGGGGCUAUGCGAGCACUCCAUGGAUGCCAACGACUUUCAGCAAAAGCUUGCCUCAGGCAAUCUAGUGGACGACCAGAUAGCAGAAAUCCUUGUGCAGCGGCCGAAUAGCUUUGCUGUCAGCAUGUUGCCCAGCCAACGGGCUCAGAUGCAAAAGGCUGCUGAAGCCAAAGAACAAGCAGUUUGCUCCGAGGUCGAAACGCAGCGUGUAGAGUUGCGAAAUGCCAGGUUUCAAUUCCUGAAGGCUGCUUUGCUGCGGGAUCAGGUUCAACUACAGAGGCUUGAAGCAGUUCCGACAAAGCUGGCCGCUUUGCAGCGCAGAGUAGAGGCAAAAUGGAGAGAGGAGGAAGCCUACAAGGGCGAGAGAGCUGUCCAGCAGUAUUGCAAGUAUUUGAGAGUGGAGCGCGUGGACAAAAUUGAAUUCAUUGUGGGUCCGUUCAGGGACUUUGUGACCUUUGUUGUCCUCUGGCGUGGUUUAUUUUGUAAUAUUUUGUCUGGUGGACGCGGGACCCAAUUUUAUGUGUUGUGCCAAGUGUCGGUUUCUUUGGAGCCAGCGUUGUUCUCAAUUUAUAUGGCCUCGCAGGCCAAGCUCCACAACGUGCCUCUCGAUCGCGUCCAUAUCGUGGCGUAUUGCGACUUCAACGUGCCCAAUGCUGCCAGCCGGACCAGAACCCAGGAUUUGGCCAAGGCGAUGCACAUGGUGUUGCAGCACAAUGCGUCGAGGAAUGUUGGACUCGCUGAUUUUCCAGACGCGGCGAAAGCUUCAUCGAAGCGAGGUCUGGCAGAUGAGGAAGCGGAUAUCCAGACGGCGUUUUGGAGCAUGAAGCUGAAUCUGGACAACAGAUUCGUGCUGCCGUUUGAUCUGCAUCCAUCUGGAGAAAGUCUGGCCAAAAGGAGGACCGGGGUCGGUCUAUCGAGUUUUGAUUUUGCUUUCACUAGCAUUGCAUGUCUCAGUGUGAUGAUAUGCGAUGACUUUUCUCUUGAGAGGCGCUGGUCGAUGGGCCGAUUGGUAGUCCCCAAUGAGCUAGUGGACGACAACGUGUUUUUGAAUUGCUCUGAACUCAGUACAGCUGGGAGGCCCAUGUAUGCCGACAAGGUAUUGCUUCCUCGGCAAAGGGAUCUGGUGCUUCCAGAGUCCACUGACGCUAGCAGUGACUUGCGGCUCGCAGAGCGGGCUCGCCCAUCGCCAGAGCAGUUGCGGGCGCAGAAGGGACGAAGCAGAGUCACCGCCAUGCUGCGCAGUUUGCUCACGAUGUCUGAGUACACGUUCGACGGCCCUGUCGUGCUGGUGAAUUUCACGGGGUACGUAGAAGAUGUGGGGCUAUCAGUGUUGGAUAUGAAGACGACCUGUGUAGAUUCAAUGCCUGCUGGCUUCGAUGUCAAGAACAAGCUCCACUAUCUUUCCCUUCAUUUUUUGGAGAGCUCGGACUUUGGCCAGAUGAGGCUGUUUCGGGAGGUCACUGAGCUGUGGAUGGACGGAAAGCUCAAGAUCCCUGGCUUUGAGUUUUGUAGUGAGCCUCCUUCGGUCCCGCCUGACGAGCUGGCAAAGGUUCCUGGCGCAGACAUUGUGACAGGUGGCUUUGACAAGCUCACCUUGGAAGUGCUGGUCCGUGAUGGAAGCAGGGUCGUCUUGAAACCAGACGAAGUGAAAUUCUGGCGCAGUAUCCCAGAUGCUUUUGGACAGGAGUUCGAGACUUUGCUCAAGAACCACGAGUCUCGGUAUGCCUCAUGCCUGACAACUAUUAUGAAGCCCGGCGGAUCUUUCAAUCAAGCAGAGGCCCCUGAUCAGGAAGAGCCACAGGGUGCGCCGGAGCGCAAAGAUGUUGUCCUUGCGGCAAAGGAGUGGGAGAGCCGCGAGAUCUUAGAAAAGGAGGACCCCAUCGAAGACCGCGUGGUUUCGGAACUUGCCAACGUGCAUUUGCUGCGUGGCAAAUCUGGUGGGAUCUACUUGCUCUUUGAACCCAAAGAAGAACAGAAGGAGAAGAUCGUGCCGAAGAAGACUCAACUUGGUGGGUUUGGCACCGGAAGCUACGCGAAAGUGGAAGAUCCUCAGCCGGGGGUUUUGUUUGAGAUGGGCAAAGGUGACGCCACUUGGGUGCAAUUUGACGAAAGCUCUCUCAAAGCUGAUUCAACAAACAUCGAGACAUGGUCGCUGUACAAGAUGAUCGUGCAAAUUGAAAAGCAAAAGCGGCUCGCCAGAGUGCCUGUGUCCUUCCUGAAGGUCACGCGCAAGUCAGACGACAAGAGCCUUGACGGCUUUGAGGUGCAGGUGGCGCAGAAGAUGAAGUAUCAGCCACAGGAGGCAAAAAACGCCAAGAACUCGCGCAAGAGCUUCUUCCGUGGAAGCUGUGACCAAGUGGCUCAGAGUGAGAUCAUCCAAUCGGUCUUCCGAUUUCGCUAUGAGCAGGUGGGGACCAAUUGCAAGGUGCAAAAGCCAUAUGUGGUCACGAGUGUACCGUUGAAGCUGGUGGCUGGACACCCAAUGAAGGCACGGUCGUUGUGUUUUCCAUGUAGUAGGCUGAACCUUGGCAAGUUACUUUUUCGAUUUUCUAGCUUUGGAGGUAGCCGGAUGAAGACAGCUCGAGUCACAAGUGAGUGCUGA